AUGGCGGACGCAGCAUCGCAGAAAGCACCUAGUGCAAAGAAAUCCAACUUGGGUUCCGAGGCUGGAUCAUCACCCAAAGCUGCCAAGAAGCCCUCAGCCUCGGCACCAAGUGAACUUAACGGCAACGAGAGUCAUGCCAAUGGCAACGAGAGUCAUACCAAUGGCAACGGAACACAAAAUGGAGAGUUCGAGGAGGAGCAAACCGAAGACGGGACCGAAGCUCCCGGAACUGAGGCGGGCGAGACCGAAGUACCGGCGGGAACGGCAAAUGAGGAGGAAGGCACCGAAGCUGUUCCAGCAGGCAGUGUUGACAAGAACGGCGAUGUGAUAGACGAUGAUGGUAACAAGAUUGGAACUGUGAAUGGCGACAAAGCCUCCGAACUCGUAGGAUCCAUAGUCGACCAAGAAGGUGACGUUCUUGAUGAUGAAGGAAAUAUCAUCGGCCAUGCCGAUUCGGUCGCCGAAACGUUGAAAGAUGCCGAGGCCAAGCCAACAUCAGAGGGCACCGAGAAGGCAGAGGGCACCGAGAAGGCCGAGGGCUCCCAAAAGCCUCUCGGGGAAGGUAGUGAGGCUGUUGAGAAGCCAGAGAUCAAGGGCCCGUUUGGAGUUCAAGAUCAGGGCGAGGUCACCAACGCCGAAGGGGUAGUAAUUGGCAAGUUGGCCGAAGGAACACCACAGGAUCUCGUCGGCACAUCCAUUCAAGACAUUGACUCAGAGGGCAAUCUGGUCAACAAAAGCGGAUCUAUAGUUGGCAAGGUUGAGCUCAACCAACACUGCCGGCAAGGAAGGAUCAGAAAGAAACCUGAGGUCCCCGAAGGCGAAGAAUUGGCAGAAGGCGAGAAGCCAGAGGGUGAACUUGCGGAAGGCGAAGCUCCAGAGGGAGAACUGGCAGAAGGCGAGAAGCCAGAGGGAGAACUAGCAGAAGGCGAGAAGCCAGAGGGUGAACUAGCGGAAGGCGAAGUUCCAGAGGGAGAAGAACCAGACGCGGAGGUCCCUGACUUAUCCAUCUUGAAGGACAAGACUGUCAACAAGAUUGGUAAGAUAGUCGACGAAGAAGGCAAUCCAUUUGGUGUUCUUGUAGAGGGAGAAGCCAAGAAGCUCGCUGGCAAAAAGGUAGACGCCGAGGGCAAAAUUUGGGAUGAUUCUGGAAACGUCAUUGGACGUGCUGAGCUCCUUCCCGAGGACGAGCGAGCUGCCGAACCUUCGGCUCCUUUUGAGGAUUUCCCAGACAGCAUUGUCGACAGCAAAGGCAAUGUGCUUUUUGAAGAGAAGGUUGUCGGCAAGGUUGUUGAAGGAGACAUCAAGAAACUCGACGGAAAGAAGGUCGAUGCUGAUGGUGACAUUCUGGACAAGAACGGUAAUGUGCUCGGCAAGGCUGAGCGCAUUUUCGAAGAGGAAGAAGUACCCGAGGAAGCCGAAGAUCUCUCUAUCCUGGAAGGAAAGAAGGUCAACAAAGCGGGCAACGUCGUAGAUGACGCUGGCAAGUUGUUCGGCAAGGUCGUCACUGGUGAAUUGGCCAAGUUGGUCGGAAAGAAGUGUGACGCCGAGGGCAAGAUCUGGAGUGAUUCCGGAAAGGUCAUUGGUACCGCAGAACUCAUCCCCGCCGAUGACAGGGAACAAGAAGCAGGAGCACCAUUCGAAGACUUCCUUGAAGCCGUUCUCGACUCCAAGGGAAACCUCAUAUAUGACGGCCAGAUUGUCGGCAAAUUGAUCGAGGGUGACGCAAAGAAGUUGGCCGGUAAGAAGGUCGACAAAGACGGAGAAAUUGUCGACAAGGUCGGAAACGUCUUGGGCAAAUGCGAACGAUAUGAAGAGCCUGAUGAGCCAGAGGCAGAGAAAAUUGAUACGUCUGCCCUUGCUGGCAAGCGUGUAAACAAAGCUGGCAACCUAGUUGAUUCCCAUGGGGAGAUCUUUGGCAGACUUGUCUCUGGAGACCCAAAGAAGCUUGUUGGUAAAAUGUCUGACAAGAACGGCGACAUUUGGAAUGAUGGUGGACAAAUUGUCGGCAAAGCAGAGCUUGUUCCAGAAAGUGAGAGGCAGGGUGAGAAAGAAGGCCCAUUUUCAGGCUUCAGCACGCCUGUCGUCACCAAAGAUGGCAAGGUCGCCGAUUCUGCAGGUAACAUCAUCGGACGCCUGAUCGAGGGUGAUGCGAAGAAGCUUUACGGCAAGGAAGUUGAUCCUGACGGAGAUGUUGUCGACAAGAAUGGCAACGCCCUUGGAAAAGCUGAGCGCUGGGAAGAGGAAGAGAAGGAGAAGCCCAAGCACCCUUGUUUUGGCCGCAAGGUAAACAAGGACGGAAAUGUCGUAGAUGAUAGCGGAGAUGUGAUUGCGAAGCUCACCGAAGGAGAAGUCGCCAAAUGUACCGGCAAGGAGAUCGACAACGAUGGCGAUAUCAGCAACGAGAAGGGUCUAACUCUCGGUCAUGUCACUCUUAUUGACGAUAUUCCCGAGCCCGAGCCCGAGCCCGAGCCAGAGGAGCCACAAGAGACCGAGGAAGAGAUCGCAGAGCGGAAGCAGAAGGAGCAAGACAAGAAGCUCGCCGGUCAAAUGGCCACGGUUGUCGGACAAUCUCUUGACAAGAUUAAGCCUAUCCUACAGAUGAUUGCAGAGAACAUCGACGCCGCCGAAAGGCAGCCAAAAGAAGAGCUCGAUGAGCAAAAGCUCGUCGAUACCGUCAAGCCACUCAUUGAAGAGGGAGGUCGCAUCCUCUCCGAGUGCAACGGAGCUAUCCGCGGUCUCGACCCAGACGGAAGAAUCGCUGCCAACGCCAAGCACAAGACUGCCGCUCGUGAAGCAUCACCAGAAGAGUACCAGCUCGCAGACGUGCUGAAAGACUUGACUGAGAAUGUUCACAAGACCAUCGAGCAGGCAAAGAAGAAGAUUGCUGGCAUGCCUCAUGCCAAGAAGCAACUCAACCCUCUGUGGGGCCUUCUCGCUGAACCUCUUGGUCAGAUCCUCGCUGCCGUCGGACUGCUUCUCGCAGGUGUACUCGGCUUGGUUGGGAAACUUCUCAGCGGGCUUGGUCUCGGCGGUCUGUUGGAUAAUUUAUUGGGAGGUCUUGGACUCAAGGGUAUCCUCAAGGGUCUUGGUCUUGGAAUGGUAACCGAUUCCUUGACCGGGAAGAAGUAA